AUGGAUCGAGAGGCCUUAAUUCAUUUUAUCGGUGGUGCUAUUGGUGGUACGUUUGGUACGUGUAUUACUUGUCCGUUAGAAGUUAUCAAAACUCGUCUUCAAAGUUCUAAACACCCUAAUCGUACGGGCGAUGGAGUCAAAGGAUCAGCCAGAAGUUCGAUGCCUUCUACUUCAUCAGAAAGUGGCACAACACGAUUUAUACGGCCCAAAUAUCCUAUAGAUUAUGGCGCUAUUGUAAGGUCUAACAACGGAAUGGUCUUUACUCAGCCUAAUUGUAAGUGGUUUGGUUUUUCUUAUGAAUUUAGGUAUUAUUAUGAAGUUUAAAACUAACUUUUCUAUUUUUUCAUCGUUCGUUCUGAAACAGUGUACUGUUGUUUUAUUUACUUUAAUCUGGACAUAACUCAUCAACGAAUACUAUUUUUAGUUCAACGGGUAAAUCCACUGUCUUCAACUCUAGCCCUAAGAUUUUACAGUACACAAGGUCCUAGUCGUUCUACAACAUUCGCUCUUAUUCGGAUUAUAUCGUAAGUUACCCAAACGUUUAUUCUUUUUUAAAUUUAGUUUAUAUAUAAGGUUAACAAGUAUUCAUAGCAAUGUUUUAGUGAAAUAGUAAAAACUGAAGGGAUCCGAGCAUUGUACAAAGGAUUGUUGCCAAAUCUAAUAGGGGUCGCUCCAUCCAAAGCUAUAUAUUUCUACACUUAUUCGACGGGUAAACGAGUUAUGAAUGAAUCUCAGACGUUUGUUCCCAAUAGUGCUAUUACUCACAUGAUAUCUGCUGGCUUUGCUGGUAAGUUUUAGUUUUUUAAUUAUGAAUUUUGGCUUUUAGGUGAUAAGAUGUGUACUUUAGUAACAUAACCAUAAUUUUUAUUUUUUUGGACAUUUUAAUAUAGGUUCUAUUCUUUGCUUCUAUCUACAGCUCUAAUGGCCAUGAAAACACUUUAAUUUUGCAGGAUUUGUAACAGCUACCGCGAUUAAUCCGGUUUGGUUAGUGAAGACUCGGCUUCAGCUUCACGAAGGCCCUUUGACCGUGCGAAACUGUCUAAAAAAGAUCUACAAGACUGAAGGAAUCAAGGGCUUCUACAAAGGUGUCACAGCUUCGUAUAUGGGCAUAUCAGAAACAAUAAUCCAGUUCGUUUUGUACGAGCACUUCCGAUCUAUUAUCGAUGGCAUCGAAUUCUCACAGGAAAACACUCGAUUCGCUAACUUUAUGUUGGCCGGAGCUGGUGCCAAGUUCUGUGCUUGUGUUAUGACUUAUCCGCAUGGUAAGUGAAAGAGAAAGGCACAAGUUUGACUUUGUACCUGGGGUUAUGUCAUAGGAAAGCGUUACAAUUUAUUUCGUAAAAAAAUAUUUUCAUUGGGCCAAAGGGCCCUAGUUAGUGCUAGCUCUAGAACUCUAGAUUAUCUCAUUAAACUAAAUUAAAUUAUUUUAUAAAUUUUCGAAAUCGUGCUUACAAUAUUGUUUUAGAAGUGGUACGUACCCGACUACGAGAAGAAGACAGUAGAGCAAAGGGCUUUUUCACUACACUAAAGCAGCUGUAUGCAGAAGGAGGAACAAAACAGCUGUACAGAGGUCUUUCUGUUCAGGUAUGUUGUGAAUACACAGUAUAAUUACAGUAUAAAUCUCAAAGCACAGUCUAAUAAUAAAGAAAAUGAAAAUUUUGUACUUUAAACACAACGUUUUGUGAGUUGACUGUAAGCUUGCAUAUUACAGCUCCUACGUUCCGUCCCCAACACGGCUAUCACGAUGGGAGCGUACGAGGUGGUGGUAUACUUCCUACACAAGUGCAUUUAA